CUUUUAUGUUUGAUAUGGAUUACAUGAAUGAAACCUAAAAUAGAGUAAAAGAGGUUGGUUAAAACACAUCUGACUUUUACUAGUGUGCCAAUCUCUUUGCGCAGAAGAUAUUUGCGCCAUAAUGUCUCCCUCAUGCAAGAAGAUGCGCUUUACUGGGUCAGAUUUUGUCCGCGAAAUGCCUUUAGUCCGAGGGGAAUUCCUCACUUUCUCCUCCGAAAGCGACUCCUCUUUUCUGUAUCCUUUCGGCUCUCCACGGAAUUUCAACGUCACUCACGGCUGCGCGGACGGUUUCACGCUCCAUGUGUCGCCAGUCCCCUGCCACGGCGCGCAUUAAUAUUCCUGUAAGUCUCAGUCAUGAAUAACAAUUACACCGUGCACCGGGGGUAGAGGCGGGAGCGCGGUGCACACAGUCACUCAGAGCGGCGGCAGCUCCGGGCGCAGGAGGGUUCUGCAUGGAGUUAUAGACCAGGCCUGCCUGCAGACACACAGAGGCUUCUUCUUUGACCUGGAAUGAGUUUGUUUGUCUGUCUCGGACCGAACACGUCCUGUUUCGUGCUGUUAUUUCACUCUGAGCUCGCUGCGGUUACCAGCACACUUUACAGAUGUUAGUUCAUUCCUACUCCACUGGGGACCGGCAUGACGGCGUCUCAAGCCACAGUUCGCGCCUGUCCCAACUGGGUUCGGUGUCGCACGCCGGACCCUACUCCACCGCGCCGCCGCUGUCUCAUGCCCCUUCCUCGGACUUCCAGCCUCCAUACUUCCCUCCGCCGUACCAGCCACUCGCUCACUACCAGAGCCAGGAUCCGUACUCCCACGUAAGCGACCCGUACUCCCUGAACUCGCUCCAUCAGAGCCAGCAGGGCGCAUGGGGUGCGCGCCAGCGGCAGGACGCCGCCGGGGACCGGAUGGAGAGCUCGGCUCUGCUGGCGCAGCCUCGGGCCUCUCUGCCUCAACUCUCCGGAUUGGACCCACGGCGGGAUUACGGUGGCGUGCGGCGGCCUGACGUGCUGCUGCACUCCGCUCAUCCGGGAUUGGAACCCGGGAUGGGAGACGGACUGCUGCACGGUCUUCACGGCAUGGAGGAUGUUCAGGCCAUUGAAGACGCCAACGGAACCCAUAUCCUGGAUCAAUCUGUAAUUAAGAAAGUCCCGAUGCCCCCCAAGAACGUGGGCUCUCUGAUGCUCGGCAAGGACGGCCUGAUCGGCGGAGUCACCGUCAACAUCAAUGAGGUGUUCUGCUCGGUUCCGGGCCGCCUGUCGCUGCUCAGCUCCACCUCCAAGUAUAAAGUGACCGUAGGGGAGGUGCAGAGGAGACUGUCUCCACCUGAGUGCCUCAACGCCUCUCUGCUAGGAGGCGUGCUGAGAAGAGCAAAGUCUAAAAACGGUGGCAAAUGCCUGAGAGAAAAACUGGAGAAGAUCGGAUUGAAUCUUCCUGCUGGGAGGCGUAAAGCGGCCAAUGUCACGUUAUUAACAUCUCUCGUAGAAGGCGAGGCGGUGCACCUGGCCCGUGAUUUCGGCUACAUCUGCGAGACGGAGUUUCCCACGAAAGCUGUGAGCGAGUAUCUGAACCGGCAACACACAGAUCCCAACGAGCUGCACACGCGGAAAAACAUGCUGCUGGCCACAAAACAGCUGUGUAAGGAGUUCACGGACCUGCUGGCCCAGGACAGGACUCCCCUGGGCAACUCGAGACCCACACCCAUCCUAGAACCUGGCAUCCAGAGCUGCCUUUCCCACUUUUCCUUCAUAACACACGGCUUCGGCUCGCCAGCCAUCUGCGCCGCACUCACCGCCCUGCAGAACUACCUCACUGAGGCUCUCAAAGGACUCGACAAGAUGUUUCUCAACAACCCGUCCAACAACCGGCAUGGGGACGCUGGCAACAAGGCCGGCGACAAAGAGGAAAAACAGCGAAAAUGAAGCAGGCGCAGAAGGGGGAGUGACGAAGCAGAGGCAGGAGGAAGGCCGACAUGCUGACAGAGCCGUAACACAGUUUCUUCUAGCUUUUACAUCGCUGCUACUGCCCUGCCACACAAAGCUGAGGUGGAGGACAGGGAAGGCAUGGUAUAGAGAAAACAGCAGAGGUAGACACCCGUGGGCCAGUGUCUGAAUGAGCGGAGGGAUUUUUCAUCUGUGUUACGUUCUUCUCAUUCCCCCGAGGACAUGGUGGUUACUGUGUUCCAUCCAUUUUGCUCCCCCCGUCUGCAUCCUGUGAGACUGAGAUGCUGUGAGCAGCCAGCAAAAGACACUGUGUUCAAAUGCCUGAGUGUGUGAGUGAGUGAGUGUGUGCUUCUGUUUGUCUUCACACAGAAAAAAAAAAGCAUUGUGGGUUUGGAGAUCUUUUUUGUGCUGCAGCAUUCUAUCUGUGAAACAGGCCUGUCUGGUUAUUUAACAAGAGUACGAUGAGGGAUGACGUUAAUUUAUGUGUGUAAAUAUUAUUUAUAAUUAUUUAAAUUGUUUAAAUAGGUACGCCAGCUACUUUGGAGUAGACCUAUUUAUAUGUGAUUUGACCUUUGUGAGCCAGUGGGGAGGGAGAGGGCAGGACUCGUUCAGUGUUUUUCUGUUCUUAUAGAGCUGUUGUCAUGGUGCUGAUGAUGAUGGGUAGAAAUGCUUCUAAUUGUCCAGUGAUUUCAUUUCUAUCAUAUUGAUAAUAAACCAUGUGUUUUAUAAUGUGA